GACGACACUUCCCCCUCUCUCCUCGGAUCCAGAACUUUUUUCCCUUCUUCUCUCUUCGUUUCUGGACGCUGGGAAGUGAAGCUUUUUCCUCUUUCUCUUUUUUCAGUUAAAAAACUUAAACACCAACAUGUCGCCACCGUCUCGACGGCUUCAGACGAAGCCAGUGAUUACCUGCCUGAAGACUUUCCUCAUCUCCUACAGCCUAAUUUUCUGGGUCACAGGCGUGAUCCUGCUGGCCGUUGGUGUGUGGGGGAAGGUAAGCUUGGAGGCCUAUUUCUCCCUGGCUGCUGAGGAGAGCACCAACGCGCCAUAUGUCCUCAUCGGGACCGGAGCCAUCAUCGUUAUCUUCGGACUGUUCGGCUGCUUCGCCACAUGCCGUGGCAGCCCGUGGAUGCUCAAACUGUAUGCCAUGUUUUUGACCUUGGUCUUCCUGGCUGAGCUCGUGGCAGGAGUUUCAGGCUUCAUCUUCAGGCAUGAGAUCAAAGCCACACUGGACAACGUGUACAAAAACGCAGUGAAAAACUACAACAGCACGGACAGCAAGAAUCCAGUGGACACCAUCCAGAGGAAUUUGCACUGCUGCGGGGUGUAUAAUUACACAGACUGGAACAAUACAAAGUACUUUGAAGAGAAAGGCAUCCCGGUCAGCUGCUGUAAAGACAGCGAUAACUGCUCACCAGAAACACUGAAGGAUCUUGCCAAGGCUGAGAAUGUGGUGUACACAACGGGCUGCUUUGCGCUGGUGAGCACCACAAUGGAGAACAACCUGGGAAUAAUUGCUGGGAUUUCUUUUGGAAUUGCGUUCUUUCAGCUCAUUGGGAUAUUCCUGGCCUGCUGCUUGUCUCGAUACAUCACCAACAACCAGUAUGAGAUGGUCUAACAGUCACCCUUCCAAAGGUCACUGAUGCGAACGGAGUUGGGAUUUUAAUAUUUUGUGUUUGUGUUUCUUAUCAUGUAAUUUUAGAGAUGGAAGACACUUACCGCUUUUUCUUUUAUUCAAUCUCACCAAUGCACAAGGGAAUCAUGUCUGCGGAGCAUCAAAAAGGGAGAAUACUCGAAACUUGGUGUGACCAAAAAUAAAACAUUUCACAGGUCAUUUGUUAUUCUGGGAGUAAAUUAGGGAAAUUACAUUAAGUGUUUAUGUUGUGUAUUAGUGUCACUUUUUUAUUUGAGUUAAUUUGACAGCAACAUUUUCAUUUCUUGUUUCGCAGUUGCCUUGUUUUAUCAUUUUUUCGCUAGUAGUCUGUAGCUGAGCAGAUGAAAUGUAGACGGUAAUAAGCUGUUAAUGUUAAACUUCUGUGUAUCUUUAUGUGUGAAGCCUAUAUAAGCCCUAGAAAUGGACAGGUCACCUUCCUGAAAUCAAAUACAAAUGAUUUAUAGGAGCUGUGUGGGAAAGCGAGCCCUACCAAUUAUGUGUGCCAACUACACCUGACUUCUUACCACAGUUUUCAGUGUUAGUGUUAUUCUUGUGUGGAUGCAUGUGAAAUACUUGAAAAUAAAAGAUGAAAUCCA